AUGCAGUCCUGGCGCUACCAUCUAUUCUACUGGGGUGCUUCGGUGCUCUCGGUGGCAGGAUACAAUGCCACGAGGGUGGCAGAAAAUUGGAACAUGGAAAUCUUCCAAGGCUACUCUGCCGGACUUUUUGCUAUCUCCUUCUUCCUUUACUUUGUUCUCUUACUCUACGGCUCUCUCCAACGCACUCACCACGUGGUGUUUGCGGUGACGUACGUGCUGGGACUUGCGAUAUUUCCGCAUCAUUACAUCGUCAGGAUGUCCAAGAUUUUCCUUGCAGUCCUCCUUGUCUGUGCAUUCUACCGCAUCGCCGCUGGCCCUAUGGCUCAUCGAAAAUACUCAGAGGUGCGGCACUAG